UGUUGUGAUACACACAUUUUCAAUUACAAUUUCGUUUGGUAAACAAGUGCUGGUGAAAAAUUAAAAAAAAUGUCUACUCCCAGGAAAAAUUUUAAUUAUAAUUCACCUUACGCCAAGCCGCAACAGCAAUAUCCUUCACAAUCGCAAGAUUAUAUAUCACUGGAUAUGGGUGGACCCACCAAAAACAACACAAAUACUAGUGCAAGCGAUUCUAACUUAAAUGAAAAAACACCCGGGCAUUACAAUGGCAAAUUCUAUCAACAGCAUAAUUCCAAUUAUAAAGCCAAUCGUAGACAUCAAUUUAACAAUAAUUACAAUCAACACAACAACAGGCAACAACAAUUUAAUACACCACAACAACAGCAUCAUCACCAGCGUUUUCAGCCUAGACAUUCGAAUGAAAGGCAACAUUUUCAACAAAAACACAAUCAUCAUCAUAAUCACGCCAAAGCAAAUAAUCAAUCUAUUGAAGCUUAUUGUCAUCCCUCUAUGCUAGAGGAUCCUUGGUUUGAAUUAAUGCAACGUUUGCGGUCUUUGGAAAAAAGUAAAAUCACCGUCAAAGAUAUGACACCUCCCAAAGACUCUACACCGCCGCCCGACUCCCAUUCCACAACAGAAAGUGAUAAUGAUGAAGUAAACAGUGUCGCUAGUGAUUAA